AUGUACGCGACUACAGUACCGUGGAGACAGUCUGCCGAAAUCGCCGUCAUGCAUCCAUCACCCGCUUUCACUACGGUACCGGCGCGUAGAAAGUUCGCUCCACCCGAACCCUCGCCAGCGCCAUCGCAACCGAAAGCACCCACGAAGAAAGUCGACUGGCCACAAGCCGUCCGGGAGUACGUUCAACGAUCCUUUGCACCUGAUGCUGCCGUAGCCGGAAUAGAUCGUGAAGAAAUUGAGAAAGUGUUGAAGAAGGUUAUCACUGAAGCGGCAGAGAGGGACGCGCUUGUAUCGACGAACUGGGAAGCCAUGCCGCUUCCUCAACAGAUAAUACACACUGAAAGAGCACGGAUGGCGAUGCCAGUAGCUGCGGCCACUGAACCUUGGAGAAGAGACACGACUCCGGACCGUCAUGUCGCACUCGCAGGAUACAGCAACGGUGACUCUUCGAAGAAGCGCAAAUCCGCCGACACUGUUAUGAGCGAUGCUGACGAUGAUUCAAUCCCUCCCUGGCGGAAAGCUAACCCCCGCAACGUAUUUGAAGAUCGUAUCACUUAUGCAAACCAAGGCCAAGCGGACCGCGUAGAGAAACGCCAGAAAAGGAAGCUGGACGACCUUGCAAAGGGAACAAGUAAGUACCAGGAGAACCUGGAGAAACGCAAACAACGAUUCGAGAACGGCAAGCCCGGAAACCGAUCGCCGCAGUCCUUACACCACUCCCAGGACGGAAGCCCAUUUGAUGUGAACGAAGGUCCUAUCAUCGGCACGUGCCAAGACUUGGAGAAGCGGUACUUCCGACUCACAUCUGCACCCAAACCCGAGACCGUCCGUCCAUUGCACAUCCUGGAACAAACUCUGGACCUGCUGAAGAAGAAGUGGAAAAAGGAAAGCAACUACACCUACAUCUGCGAUCAGUUCAAGUCACUACGGCAAGACCUGACCGUGCAGCAUAUCAAGAACGAAUUCACGGUUAACGCUUACGAGAUCCAUGCCCGCAUAGCUUUAGAGAAGGGGGACUUGGGUGAGUACAACCAGUGCCAGACGCAGCUUCGAGCACUGUAUUCGCAGAAGCUAGGCGGGCAUCCGGCAGAGUUUCUGGCGUAUCGCAUUCUUUAUUUCAUCUAUACGUGCAAUCGGACCGACAUGAACGAUAUACUGGCAGACUUAACCCCCACAGACAAGCAACAGCCUGCAGUCAAGCACGCGUUGGACGUGCGUUCUGCUUUGGCGUUGGGCAACUACCACAGAUUUUUCCGCCUCUACCUUGAGACACCUAACAUGGGCGCUUACCUGAUGGACAUGUUCAUUGCCCGCGAGCGAGUAGCUGCCUUAGCUAACAUAUGCAAGGCGUAUAAGCCAGACGUGAAAAUCAGGUUCCUUACCGAAGAGCUAGGUUUCGAGUCGGACCAAGACUGUGUGCAGUUCCUCUGUGACCAUGGCGCUCAAGGCUUGCUCGAAGACAGAACCGAUAGUGUUGUGUUCCAGACGGGCAAAGCCGGUCUUCUCUUCGAGAAUGCAAAGAAUGCAGCUUUCCGCAAGGUAGACAUCAAGGGUCAGAUAUGA